GCAGUGAAAACAAACAACACCAUCUUGAAGGAUUAAUGUGUCCACACAGUAAAUCGGAUACAGCUCUUCAAGAUGACCUGGCGAAGUUAAUUUUCACUAUAUUUUCUCUUUCUUUUCCCACGAGAAGACCGCACCAAGCUUAAGAAAUAAGAAUUACCCGUCGUUAUUUUACUGAUUGUUGUUGGAUAAAUAUACCAUGUAACCGUCUGACGGCACUGGCCUUCUCACUCAAAGGAUCCCAGUAAAAGAAUAAACAUGUCUAAAAGUGAUGAUGACUUGUCGGAGACGUCGGGGACUGUCAAUGUGUCUGAGGACGCAAAAAUCGCAAAUGGAUUCUCCGAUCAAGAGCUUCUUGACAUCAUGUAUAAUGCCUGCAACCCAUCGGGCACAGGAGAAGUGCCAGCGUCAGCAAUUAUAAAUUAUCUAGAAACCAUGAUGGCUGAAAGUCCAGACCAGGACAGACUGACGGCUCUUCGGCUUCUUCUUGAUCCAGACUUCACGGACUCAACAAUCAGCAGGGAAACGUUUCACUCAACAAUAAGGGAGUGGAUUUCCCAGUGUAACCAGGAUGAGCAUAUUGCUGACACAUCUUUCCCCAAACCCUCGGAAGUUCAGCUGAAUGGCCUGGACUAUUUUUCUUCUGAAAACAAAGCGUCAUCGUCCGAAAACCACCGCUGUAGCUGCAAUGGUGAAGACCUGUCAGGGACGGUGUCAGAGUUGAAACUGGCUCAGCGUAAACUGAGUGAACAGAACAGCAGCCUGAUGAAGACAGUCGCCCAGUGUGAAGAUGUGAACCUGCAGCUGACCCUGGAGGUCACUGAGCUGCGUGCAAAACUGGCCAGCGCACAGAGGGCAGCAGUUCGAGCGAGAGCAGUUACAGAGGAGCUGGAAGAGACACGUCAUGCUUUCAUUGAGGCUCAGGAGAGAAUUAGUCGCACGCAGUCAGGCUGCACCAAACUGAGCAAUGAGAUUGAAAACUUGAAAGGUCACAUCAGACGCCUCGAGGAAAAGAAUGAAAAGCUCAUCUUUGAAAGAUCAUGUUCAGAGGAGAGCAUCAAUAAGCUGCGUAAAGUCAACGCAGAUCUGAGGGCUGAACUUCAAGAGACCCUGGUCAUGUUGAGUCUGAGUGACAGAGAGGUCACAAAGAAAGAUAUUCUUAUGGACAAGCUUAAAAGCUCUCAUGCCGAAAAUUACAACAUUAUUGAGGGACUGCAGUCAGAGCUGAUGCGGCUACAGGAACAUUCUCACCAAAUUCUGCUCAGGUAUGAUAGAUUCUGCAUCAGGCCUCAGAGUCUGAGCGCUCGAGAGCCACCGAAUCUUCGCUCUCUGCAGAGUGAGAUGCAGGACACGCAGCAGCAUCACAAACCCCUGGAGGACGUCACUCUUCCGACCAUUCACUCACACACGGAUGGCAUUCACAGCAUCAUCCUCAGACUCAAAUCGGCAGAAAAGGCUCACCUCCAAAAUAAGAACUCUGAGAGAGUGUUUGAGGCUGCUCCUGUAGAUACACAGGAGAGGCCGUUCCCACACCCGCAACAGGCCAGCAUCAAGCGGCAGCUGGUCAAUGUGCUUCAGGAACUUGAGCUUCAGAAGUGCGUGUGGGAGGAGAAAGCGGACAAGGUGGAGGAGCGUUUGAAAACCCACCACGAGCAAAACCAAGUCCAGACUAGGAGCCAGAGUCAGAUGACACACUCCAAGAAGGUGGCGGUGGUGAAUUGGUGGAAGGCCUUCAGUGCAGAGGGAGCUAAAGCGCAGAAUCGAGGCUCGCACCCGAACUCCGAUCCUGCCGAAUUAACCAAACUCCCGCUAGCAGAGCAGACCAUCUCUGAUAUGAGACAGCAGAUCUGCAACCUGCAGGCUGCUCUCAAAUCUGCACAGGAGUGUGUCGCCGAGCAAAAAUCCAAAAGUCAAGUUCUUACUGUGAACCGAGAAACCAACACAGACCGAGAAGAAGCUGUGGAGAAACAAGUGAACGGACAGAGGGAUGCGGCGGUGGAGACGGAAGCGGUGCACAUCGCGGCCGGAGAGGAGCAGCAGACAAACAUCCACGCGACUGCAGACAAACUUCUGGUGAACCUCAGGAGGAUGGAGGCGAUGGUCAGCAGCGCUCUGGAGACAGCUGAGCUGGUGAGAGAGAGUGAGCAGAGGGUCCACCAGGUCCGGGUGAGGAUGGAGAGAAUCACUGAGAAAGUGGAGGCCGCUCUGGGGCGAGCAGCCAACACCGACCAGCAGCUGAGUCACCUGGAGGCCCAGGUUGCAGAGAAUGAGGAAUCCAGCACAGAAGCAUCAGCUGAUCAUACAACUGAUGCAACCGAUUUCACGUCUGUGUUUGAUGAAGAGCCACAAACUGAAGACAGUACUCAUGGUUGUCUUCCAGCUCCUGCAGUCCCAGAAGUCUGCAAGCUUUCAGCAUUUCCCAUGAACGAUGGAGGAGAGCAUGGCAGCAGCAGCAAGGUCCAGGAAUCCAAAAGACCUUUGCUUCUAGGGUCUCUGCUUGACUACACCACAAAAGGAACUGACCAUUCUGUUGCUGCCGAAAGUCAUUUCAUAUUCCCCCAAACCCGUUCCCGCCCCACACUCCCCCCUGCCAUGCCCUCUCUGCCUGAGGAAGAAGAAGAUUCUCCAGAGGAGCUGGACAGUUCAUCAAGUUCUCCGAGCACGCCUGCUCCUUGUGAAAGUCGAGCUGUGGUCAUGACUGCUCCCACCAUCAUCUACCCGCAACAGGCCGCCAUCGUUCAGCAGGAUGGACGUCAACAGGCCACGCCGCACAGUCCCAGAUCCCGCGUGCCUCGGAAUUCAUCUGGAAGUCCGAUCACUACAAUUGACAGCUCAGGUGCAGUCAUUGACCUGGUCAAGGAUCCGCUCCCUGAGCCACAGCUCUCAGAGGAGGAUCGACGGAGGAACCUGGAACUGCUCGAGCAAGCCAAGAGGGUCAGCGAUCGAUUUCUGACACGGCGCGGACGCCGCUCCACCAGCAGCCUUAGUGAUGUCCCACAAGGCCUGUCUCCACCUCCAACUCCAUCUUCGCCUCUCUCUCCCAGAGGCAGCUUGAUGUCGAUGGGGCCUAAAACUGGUCCAGGAUCCUCUGAGGGGACAUGUGUCAGCCCGAAGUAUCUGGAUUUUCCUCCAGUGCGGGAGCAGCCCACUGCCAUGACGCAGGACAUAGAGACCAGCAGACUGCUGGUGGACUGGAAGCUUCCUGAGAAGAGGAAAGUUUCCUCUGGGAGUCUUAAACCCCGAUAUGCUGUGCAAAAGGAAAUUUGUAACCCCACUGCGCCAAAAAGUCCUCCAGCCGGCAGCAAAAGUGACGAGGGAUCAUGUCCAAGUCGAAAUCCAAACCAACCCCCGGCCACAGGGGUCGCUAAGCCAGUGCCCCGACCCCCCACCCAACAGGCCCCUUGUACGGCUGAGAUCAAGACGAUCGGGGCCUUCCCUCCGCUGAUGAGAGCUGUUUCCUGGGAUUCGGUUGGAGGAGGUUUAGGCCCCAGAGGUGGACCGCCUGCUUUGCCUCCCACAGCUGAGGAUGCCAGGGAAACUGUCUUUAAACCCUCAGGGCCAAAGGACCACCCUGUUCCAGCAGGGGCCGUGCAGAAACUGACCAAAAUCAGAGAGGAACACAAGCUGAUACGUACGCAGAGCAUCACCGGCUCCAAAUUACCGGACCUGAGCGAAGCUUCUGAACAGGAAAAAGGAAAUAUGUGUGCAGGUUCUCCGGGUAUUCCACACUCCUCCGGCAGUGGAGAGCGAAAGGAAAAGUCAGACGCCAUGCCCAACAUUUCAGACCUGAUGCUGAGAAAGCUUAAACUUCACAAGGGUCUUCCUGGAUGCGCUCCACCACUCACAGAGAAAGAAGUGGAGAACGCUUUCGUGCAGCUGUCGCUGGCGUUCCGUAACGACAAUUACACGCUGGAGACUCGACUCAAACAGGCAGAGAGGGAGAGGAACCUGACAGAGGAAGACACCGAGAAAGAACUUGAGGAAUUCAAGAACAUGCUCAAGAUGACCUCGCCGCAGUGGCAGAACAUGGAGCAGCGAGAAGCCUACCAGCGGCUCGUGGAGACCCUGUCAGUGCUGCGCCGCCUGGCCACGCGACUGUCCAGUCGAGCCGAGUUAGUUGGAGCAGUGCGACAGGAGAAACGUAUGAACAAGGCCACGGAGGUCAUGAUGCAAUAUGUGGACAAUCUCAAGAGGACGUACGAGAAAGACCACGCUGAGCUGAUGGAGUUUAAGAAGUUGGCCAACCAGAACUCCAACCGUGGCUAUGCAGGGUCGGCGGAGUCCGGGGAUGACGGAUCACGCUCAUCAAGAUCUAUGUCUCUCACCAUGGGGAAGGCUCUGCCCAGGCGACGAGUAAGCGUCGCAGUGGUGCCCAAGUUCAACCUCCUAAAUAUCCCUGGUCAAAGUCCUCCAACAGCUGGUCCCACUCCAAACCCUUGUCCAAACACUGGUCCAAAUCCAGCUUUAAAUCCAAACUCAGGAACUUCUCCUGGCAACACGCUUCCUGCUCUGAGUGAAGCCAGCGAUGUGAAAGGAAACGCUUCUUCAGAGGCGGCACCGACCGCUAAGGAGUGUGGAAAGAGUGUGCCGGAGCAGGAAAGUGAAUCAACUCCUCCGCCAGUCAACCUGGAGGAGAUCAGGGCAGAGAUCAAGGCAAAGAUCGAGGAGGAGGCCUACAAUCGAGGCUUCCAAGAGGGACUGAAGCAAAGCAAAGCCCUGCAGGAGGAAAAGCUCAAAGAUGAAGAUGCUCUGGAGAGGCUGAUGGAGCUGAAGAUCAAAGACGAGGAGAGCGGGAAAAAGAUCAUCACCAACAGGAGGAUGGAGGAAGUCUUGGCUAUUCUGGGCCGCAUCUGUCCCAAGAUCUCCUGGAGCAGACGGCUGCUGUGGUUCAUCCUGACGGUCCUGCUGGUGAUGUGUCUGGUCAUCAGCAUCCUCACCUUCUUCAGCGAUUACUACAACAGACACGAGGACACGUAAAACACAGAAGCACUUUACUCGUUUGGACCAAAGAUUCUGACCAUCGUUCCCGCUUCACCACCGCUGGACGUGUUUGACCGUAGCUGUUGUUUGGAGAAACACGUGUUUAGGGACCAAUUACACUGUAUUUAUUUGUCAUUGUAGUUUUUAUACUUCUUCAUGGUAAAUAUAGCACAGUUAACGUGCAGCUACUUGCUAGCUGUCUUACACAGAUCUCUGGAUAUUAGUGUUUUUCUUCAGUUUUGUACACUAUUUAUAUAGUAAGUCAUUUUCAAAAUAGGUUGUCAAGUGCAAUAAUUCUGCGUCUGCAGGUCACUGGUUGGAUUUUCCACUUCUUUGUGGGCACUGUGUACAUGUAUCUUUGCACAUCUGUGUUGACAUUGUCUUUUUUUGUAUUGUGGAUUUUUUUUGUUUGCACUUCACCUAAAAUAAAUGUUGAACUUGUGAUAGUCAUCCCAGCGUUCAUUAGCCACAUGAGUCGUUUGUCAAAGCCAAGGCCUGUGGGCCAAAUCCAGGCCAUCGAGUCAUUACACAUGGCCACAUUUUAAAUCCUGUACUAAUUUAAAGUACAGGCAAACUGCAU